AUGGAAAACCAGUACCAGCAAGGCAUAAUUCAAAUCGACAACUUCCAAGGUCCUUUUGAUCUUUUGCUCGCUUUAAUCAAAGAUAAAAAACUGGACAUUUUUGAAGUUAACUUAGUCGACGUGGUCAACGAAUACGUCAAAAUCAUCGAAAGUCUGGUCAAUGAAAACGUUGAUCUGGUUAGCGAAUACUUGGUGAUGGCCGCCUCGCUCAUCAAUUUAAAAGCUCGCCUACUUCUCAAAGAACCGUCUGAGAACAAAAAAGUUGCCAAGCAGACCCAAAGUUUGCUAACUCGGCUUUCAAUUUACCAGAGCUUUAAAAAUUUGGCGACCUUUUUAAAGGAACGGGAAGGGAUCGGACUUAAGGUGUUAACUAAAAAAACCAGCGACAUGAGCGAGUUUAUUAAACCAGUUGAUCCGACUCGACUUGAUGGUCAAGGCAACGUGAUUUGA